UGUCUCUUAACUGGUCUCUGCUAGAAACUUACUGAUUUCCUUAAUGGCACGGGAAGAUUUGGACUGGCUGUCAUGCAUCUAAGCUGUCAUUGUGAUGCAUCGUUCUUCCUAAUGGCAAUGCUCCAGUGGCGGCGAUGAACUUUAACCCAGACGCUACAGCUCCUGAAACUGGAUGGUGGCCUAGCUGACCGUCUGAGGCUCUAGGAACUCCGUCUGGUCCAGCCGAGUUGCCUAGCUGAUCGCCUGAGCCAAGACUAACUCCGACUGAUCCAGCCGAGUUGCCUAACUGACCGUUCGAGUCAAGGCGCUAACUACGCCUGCUCCAGCGGAGACCGAUGGGGGCGACGGCAGCGACCCUGGUGAUGAGACAGAGGCGGAUCGAGCACCGCGGCACGGGCGUGCUAGCUCCUCGCGAGGAUGUCACAUCGCCCCUGAACGCCUGCUACUAUAGGAUGGAGACGUUAGUGAGAGAGAUGCAGAGUCCCGAGACCGGGGUGCCGGUCCGCAGCCAGAAACUGUUCCUCACGACCAUCCCCUCAGCCUUCACAGGCUAUGAUAUCAUGGAAUGGCUAAUGUCAAACCUCAGCAUCGAUGAGAGUGCGGAGGCCCUGCAUCUGGCCUCGCUGCUCUGCCAGCACGGAUAUAUCUUCCCCGUUGGUGAGGGCAAGACUCUCCAGGUCAGGGACGAUUCGUCCCUGUACAGGUUUCAGACUCCCUACUACUGGCCGUCGCAGAAUCACGUGCCCGACCCCACAGACUAUGCCAUCUACAUCCAGAAGAAAAUGAUCAGAGGAAAACAAAAAGACGCGCUGGAGGAAUAUGAAAUGGAAGCAUACGACCAGCUGAAGAAAACGCUCUCGUCAAAAUGGGAAUUUAUUGUUAUGCAAGCGGAAGAACAGCUGAAGGCUGCGAAGGAGCGCUCCAGAGGCGACAAGCUGGUGGCGGACAGCCAGGAGCGUGCCUACUGGCGGGUGUACAUGCCGCCGCCGGGGUUCACCAGCAGCCUGGAGUGCCGGCCCGUGCAGCCGGGCAGGGCGGCCGCUACCGGCACCGAACGGAACAGCCGGGCCAGCCUCACUGCGGAGCUACGGCAUCUCCGUGGCUGUUUGAUGCGGGCGCGCUCCAAGGUGUCCCAGGCCGCCGAGUGUCUGGUGGCCAGCUACGAGACCUACCUGGAGUUUGACCCGCUGCUGUCACCCGUGCUGCCCAGCAACCCGUGGCUCACCGACGACCCCACGUUCAUGGAGCUUGGCCAGCCCCUGGUGGAGUGCCCGACGGAGUGGCGCGUGCGCCGCUGGGCCAUUAGUCUGGAUGAGCUGGCUGCCGACCCGACUGGCCUUCACGAGAUCACCAAAUGUAUGCAGAAGGAGCACAGUCACGAGAACAUCCGAUUCUGGACGGCCGUCCACCAGCUGAGGAAGGCGGCUCUCAGUGACGUGGAGAGCCGAGUCAGCGCCAUUUACUCCGAGUUUUUACGUCCCGGUGCACCGUGUGAGAUCAACAUAGACGGCAGAACCAUGGAGAAGACCCAGAAGCUGAUGAAGAACCCGAGCCGCUUCACGUUCGACCAGGCUGCCGACCACGUCUACGAGCUGCUACUGAAGAAAGAUUGCUACCCGCGCUUCCUGCGGUCCGAACACUACGGCAACCUGCUCACCAACGCCGUCAACCCCUCGUCAAAGAAACGGCAGCUGUUUUCAUUCGGUGGUGUCGGUAAAAAGAAGACGCUGACCACGACCUCCUCCAAAUUGAGCUUGGCAACGGGCACGGCGACCCGCUCAGAUCAGGAGCAGGGGAACUGUGCAGAGACUCCCAGCGCUGCCAGCGCCGGUAUCUUCCUGGGCGUGUCUCCCCGGGCUGUCUCCCUGCCCAAGCUGACGCUACCGUCACCUUCUUCGCCCCUGCUCUCUCCGGCCGGUUCGGCUUCAGCGCCCGUCACCUCCUCCUCGCCGCGCAACGGGCCCUCGACAGCUCCCGGUCCGACGGUGGCUGCCUUCAGCAGUCCUGCCGCCCAGCAGCGACACCAGCAGCCUGAGGAAACCGGUCCGGCUGCAAAAACAGCGAAGAAGAAAGAUAAAACGGUGAGCUGGACACGACAUUUUUGACAAGACUCAACACAAAGUAAAACGUUUAGUUCGAAGAAGGCAGAAAUGCCACAUUAUAUUAUAUGCGAUUAUGCAUUAUGCACAUUUGUCUGACGGCGUGGCUCUAUUGGCGGUCCUAAAAAGGUUUGCCUUGUAAUUACAUGUGGCAGGACGUAAAAUGUGGGGGAAAGUAUGCUAAGGACGGUAAUGGGGUGCUCCACCGGUGGAUGUGGACGGC